AUGCCUCUCAAAGUUAUAAUUGCAGGUGCAGGCUUGGGUGGCCUGGGUGCCGCUAUCGCCAUGGCCCGCGCUGGCCAUAACGUAGAGAUCGGUGCCGCGAUUCACAUUGCUCCCAACGCAACCAGGGUACUCAAGUCCUGGGAUAUCGAUUUCGCUGAGCUGCAAGCCGUCUUAUGCAAUGCCAUCAAGAUCUAUGACCAUACAGGGAAGCUCAUAUUCGUUCCCGUGAAACUGGAAGAACUCCAAAAGAGUAUUGGCACCAAGGAUGAGUGGCUCCUGACACACCGCGUCGACCUGCACAGUACUCUACGUAAGGCAGCCACCGGAAAGACAUUCGCGGGAACAAUCAAGAUUCACACAGCAAGCAAAGUCGUUCAGGCGGAUGCGGCAACAGCCGAAAUUACUUUAGCAAACAGCGUCAAACACAAAGGCGACCUACUGAUUGGAGCAGACGGUGUGCAUUCCAAAGUCGUUUCCGCCGUUGCAGGCAGUCCACCUGUCCGCGUCAGUACAAAACAAAACACAUUCCGAUUCCUGGUACCGAUCGACAAGCUCAUGGCCAAUCCCAUUACUGGACCAUUUUUCGGAAAACUUGGUUUCGACUGUCAACACGUGUUUACUACUAGAGAUCGCAGAAUGGUGGUUUACCCGUGCCGAAAUGGCAAACUGCUCAACAUCGUCGCCAUGCAUCCAUCUGAUGAUGCUGGUCUCGACUCUGAAUCCUCGUGGCUGGCGGGCGGAAGAGUGGAGGAAUUGCUUGAUGUCUACAAGGAAUUUGGACCUGAGCUUAUCGAGAUGUGCAGGAUUGGCGAAGACCUGAAACUGUGGAGCUUGGCUACCAGAGAUCCCCCUACUAAGUUCUGGAAGGGUAGAACUGUGCUGCUCGGUGACGCAGCUCAUCCCAUGCUCCCACAUCAAGGACAAGGCGGAGCGCAAUCAUUCGAAGAUGCCGCAGCUCUUGGAGUCUUGUUCCCUGCCGACACGACCGUGGACGAUGUACCUAAGCGACUGGAACUUUACAAUAAGCUCCGCUAUCCAAGAUCCGUGACUGUAAUGUUCAUGUCAAAGAUUAAUGAUGAGAGGCGAGGCGAGAUGAUGGAGGAUCUUCGGAAGUUUGUCCCCGAUGCGGAACUCCCUCCCAACAUCUUCCCGUAUCUGUGGAAUAAUUUUGUGCUUGACGAUGCGCAAAAGGCUCUUGCAGCAGCAGCCUGA